UCCCUUUGGGUUGAAAAUAGCCGAGUUUACUAAAUUACCCCUUGUGCGCCAUCCAUAAAAGCAAGAUCGAUCAUACAUGCUCCCAUGUCAAAAUCAUCGUUCUUCAUUACUCUUCUGACUACUGGUAGAGAGGUUCUCUGGAACAAGUUUUAAACGGUGAUCAUCAAGCAAGAAAAUAAAGAUGUCAAGCGACCUGAAAGUAAUCACAGCUGCAUUCAAGUCAGUUCGUGAAAACGAAGUCUACAUAUUCAUGCGAAAUGAGUAUGUUCUAAGCGACUACGCACCCGGUAAGAAACACGACAAGAUACUGUACGGACCAGCUCGUACAUGCGAUGUGUUUUCAUCCCUCAAGUUCACUAUAUUUGAAGAGGGGAUAGACUCUGCAUUCUCAUCUCACGACCUCGGAAUCGCCUACAUAUUCUUAGGUAACGGAUGUGCCAAAUGGUACUACGGUGUAUACUCUCCCCACAACAAGAUCCUCGACGGGCCGAUGCCCAUCGUGGAGAUGUUCCCUUUCUUGACGGGGACGGUUUUUGCAAACGGGAUAGACGCUGCGUUUGAGUCAUCGCGUCCUUUCGAGGCGUACCUCUUCAAGGACGAUCAAUAUGCUCGAAUCAAUUAUAGUGCUAAUGGUCAGCUUAUUAGCAGUGGUACAAUACGUCAAGGUUGGCCUUGCUUUAGAGGCACUAUCUUUGAACAUGGAAUUGAUGCUUCUUUUGCUUCUCACGUUUCUCAUCAAGCAUAUGUUUUUAAAGGAGAUUCUUAUGCUCGUAUCAGAUUCAGUCCCGGCAUGAGAAUCGAUGUCAUGAUUAGGUCAGGGAAAAUCAAAGAUUAUUGGAUGGGUUUACAUAAGAUCUUGCCUCGGAGAUUGUAAAUACAACAUACUCCACUAAUUAAUAUGCGCAUAUGAUAUGGAUGCUCUUUAAUUUCGUCAUGUACCCUUUAACCAAGAAAAAAGGAUUGUCAAUUUGUUUUUAUCGUACAUUAUUAAUGAGGUCUUGCCCUGCUGGUUAAUAUCGAAGGGUAAUUUCCCUUUUCUAUUUAGCAA